GGGAGGGGCGGCGGCGGUGGUUUCUCUGAAUGCAGCGGAGUCCGGAGAGACUAGCGGAGCGCGGCCGCGAGCGCGCCGCCAGGUUUGGGCUGCAAGGAGCGGCGCCCGCCAUGGGGGCCUCGGAAUCACGAUGAGGACCUAGGGCACCUGCCUGUUGACUAUCUUCCAGCCUGUGGUGACCAUGGCCCCCCGCAAGAGGAGUCGCCAUGGCCUGGGCUUCCUGUGCUGCUUUGGGGGUGGCGACCUCCCUGAGAUCAACCUCCGGGACAGCAGCCCCCUGCAGUACAUGGAGUUCUCCAGUCCUAUCCCAAACCCGGAGGAGCUCAACGUCCGCUUUGCAGAGCUGGUGGAUGAAUUGGAUCUCACUGACAAAAACCGGGAGGCUGUGUUUGCGCUGCCCCCUGAGAAGAAAUGGCAGAUCUACUGCAGCAAGAAGAAGGAGCAAGAGGAUCCCAACAAGAUGGCGACCAGCUGGCCUGACUAUUACAUUGACCGCAUCAACUCCAUGGCUGCGAUGCAGAGUCUGUAUGCGUUCAAUGAGGAGGAGACGGAGAUGAGGAACCAAGUUGUGGAGGACCUGAAGACGGCCCUCCGGACACAGCCCAUGAGGUUUGUGACUCGCUUCAUUGAGCUGGAUGGCUUGACCUGUCUGCUGAAUUUCCUUCGGAGCAUGGACCACGCCACCUGCGAGAGCCGCAUCCACACCUCCCUCAUCGGCUGCAUCAAGGCUCUGAUGAACAACUCUCAGGGGCGGGCUCACGUGCUGGCACAGCCUGAGGCCAUCAGCACUAUCGCGCAGAGCCUGCGCACUGAGAACAGCAAGACCAAGGUGGCUGUGCUAGAGAUCCUGGGUGCCGUGUGCCUAGUGCCCGGUGGUCACAAGAAAGUGCUGCAGGCCAUGCUGCACUACCAGGUGUAUGCAGCUGAGCGGACACGCUUCCAGACACUGCUGAAUGAGCUGGACCGAAGUUUGGGCCGGUACCGGGACGAAGUGAAUUUGAAGACAGCCAUCAUGUCCUUCAUCAACGCUGUCCUCAAUGCUGGUGCUGGAGAGGAUAAUCUGGAGUUCCGCCUCCAUCUACGGUAUGAGUUCCUGAUGCUGGGGAUACAGCCUGUGAUUGACAAACUCCGGCAGCAUGAGAAUGCCAUCCUGGACAAGCAUUUAGAUUUCUUCGAGAUGGUCCGGAAUGAAGAUGACCUGGAGCUAGCCAGGAGGUUUGACAUGGUCCACAUCGACACAAAGAGUGCUUCCCAGAUGUUUGAGCUGAUCCACAGGAAGCUGAAGCACACAGAGGCCUACCCCUGCCUGCUGUCUGUCCUGCACCACUGCCUGCAGAUGCCCUACAAGCGAAAUGGUGGCUACCUCCAGCAGUGGCAGCUCCUGGACCGCAUCCUCCAGCAGAUUGUCCUCCAGGAUGAGAGAGGCGUCGACCCUGACAUGGCUCCUUUGGAGAACUUCAACGUCAAGAACAUCGUCAACAUGCUCAUCAAUGAGAAUGAGGUGAAACAGUGGCGAGACCAGGCAGAGAAGUUCCGGAAAGAACACAUGGAGCUGGUGAGCAAGCUGGAGAGGAAGGAGCGAGAAUGUGAGACAAAGACAUUGGAGAAGGAAGAGAUGAUGCGGACGCUGAACAAGAUGAAGGACAAGCUGGCCCGAGAGUCCCAGGAGCUACGCCAGGCUCGGGGACAAGUGGCUGAGCUGGUAGCCCAACUCAGUGAAAUCUCAGCAGGACCUGUGUCUUCCCCACCUCCCCCUGGGGGCCCACUCACCUUGUCUUCCUCAAUGACAACCAAUGACCUGCCUCCACCCGCACCCCCUUUACCAUUCGCCUGCUGCCCCCCACCGCCACCACCCCUUCCACCUGGUGGGCCUCCCACUCCCCCUGGUGCCCCGCCUUGCUUCAGUAUGGGCCUGCCCCUCCCUCCAGACCCUUUCCCCAGUAGUGAUGCCCCACUCAGGAAGAAGUGUGUCCCCCAACCUUCCCACCCGCUGAAGUCCUUCAACUGGGUCAAACUGAAUGAGGAACGUGUCCCUGGCACCGUAUGGAGUGAGAUUGAUGACAUGCAGGUAUUUCGGAUUCUGGACCUAGAGGACUUUGAAAAAAUGUUUUCAGCCUAUCAGAGGCACCAGGAGCUGAUAACUAAUACUUCCCAACAGAAAGAGUUGGGCUCCACUGAGGACAUCUACCUGGCCUCCCGAAAGGUCAAAGAGCUGUCAGUCAUUGACGGCCGGAGGGCUCAGAACUGCAUCAUUCUUCUCUCCAAGCUGAAGCUUUCUAACGAGGAGAUCCGGCAGGCCAUCUUGAAGAUGGACGAGCAGGAGGACCUCGCCAAGGACAUGCUGGAGCAGCUCCUCAAGUUCAUCCCAGAGAAGAGUGACAUUGACCUCCUCGAGGAGCACAAGCAUGAGAUCGAGCGGAUGGCCCGUGCUGACCGUUUCCUCUAUGAAAUGAGCAGGAUUGACCACUAUCAGCAGCGGCUGCAGGCCCUUUUCUUUAAGAAGAAGUUCCAGGAACGGCUGGCUGAGGCCAAACCUAAAGUGGAAGCCAUCCUGCUGGCGUCCCAGGAGCUGAUCCGCAGCAAGCGUCUAAAGCAGAUGCUAGAGGUCGUCCUGGCCAUCGGUAACUUCAUGAACAAAGGGCAGCGUGGGGGUGCCUAUGGGUUCCGGGUGGCCAGCCUCAACAAGAUCGCUGACACCAAGUCCAGCAUUGACAGAAACAUCUCUCUGCUCCAUUACCUGAUCAUGAUCCUGGAGAAGCAUUUCCCUGACAUCCUAAACAUGCCCUCGGAGCUGCAACAUCUUCCAGAAGCCGCCAAAGUCAACCUGGCAGAGCUGGAGAAGGAGGUGGGCAACCUCAGGAAGGGCCUCAGGGCGGUCGAGGUGGAGCUGGAAUAUCAAAAACGCCAGCUACGGGAACCAAAUGACAAGUUUGUCCCAGUCAUGAGUGACUUCAUCACAGUUUCCAGCUUCAGCUUCUCAGAGCUGGAAGACCAGCUGAAUGAGGCCAGGGACAAGUUCUCCAAGGCCCUGAUGCACUUUGGGGAGCAGGACAGCAAGAUGCAGCCAGAUGAAUUCUUUGGCAUCUUUGACACCUUCCUGCAGGCCUUCUCAGAGGCCCGGCAGGACCUGGAAGCCAUGAGGAGGAGGAAGGAAGAGGAGGAGCGACGGGCACGAAUGGAAGCCAUGCUGAAGGAGCAGAGGGAGCGGGAGCGGUGGCAGCGGCAGCGGAAGGUGCACGCAGGCAGCGCGCUGGAGGAGGGGGGCGAGUUCGAUGACCUGGUGUCAGCUCUGCGCUCCGGGGAGGUUUUUGACAAGGACUUGUGCAAGCUCAAGCGCAGCCGCAAGCGGUCGGGGGGCCAGGCCCUGGAAGUCACCCGGGAGCGGGCAAUAAACAGGCUAAAUUAUUGACCUGGGCACUGGCCACAGAAGGAGGCCAGGAGACAGGGAUGGACCAGAGCGGCUGAGUGGAGGAGGCCGGGAUACUUAAACCCUGUGGUGCUUGGUUUAGAGCCCUGGGCUGGGUCCUGGGGUGGGGGCUGUGUGAGGCAGGACCAGAUGUCUCCCACACGUACCUGAAGGGGCUCCUCUCCUCUCGUCUCCUCUUCCCGUUACUCUCUGCUCCUGGGCCCGCAGGCGUCACUCUCUGAGGCUGAUGUGGACAUCCUCGGCGGGCUCGGCAGAGGGCCCUGCUCCUCAUCCCCAGGACGGGUACCCACACAUUGGCACCAAACUGUUCCAUAUCUAGACUGGAUAGGUCCAUGGAUCUCGCCCAGACACCACGUACAGUAGGGAGUGUCUGUGGGGUGGGCGCCCUGAGAUCCAGGGGGAGAGAACCCAGGGUCCCAUCCCUCAAGAGGUAGCUCAGUGGAACAUUGAUCUGGGAGCCAGCUUUCCUCUUGAUGGCAAAGAAAGAGGCAUUAUGUAUUCUAGCUACAUAGGUUCUAGGAAAAAAGAUGCUGGGAGGAUGAUGCAGGGACCAAGUCAUCAGGACAGAGUAGCAGUGCCUGUUUCCUCCAUCACAACUCAUUUAAGCCUCUCUCGCAUAUCUUAAUUCUCUGCCUUCCUCUCCUACUGCCACCUCCAUCCUAUCUACUAAUCUAGAAUCCCAGAAAACCCACUUUGGGGUUCCCACAGCUAUGGCUCACUAUCAGAUACUGGAUGUACCUGGUAAAGGAAGAGUCUCAACAAAGACCCUGCUCAUUACCAUACCUUGUGCCUUGGGCACAGGGACCCUGGAACAAAACUCUUCCCCCAUCUUCCCUGGACCAUGGUCUUGAGGCAGGAUGGUGACCUCACACAUUGGCUAGGAGGUCCUGGCAGCCCCUCACCAGAGGGCAGUGCUUGAAUGCCUAGCCCCACCCCAGAGAUUUCUAGUCUACCACGUCACAUUACUUGGUCCCCAAACUCUGACAUCCGCCUCAGGGCAGAAGCCACAGUGACCUCCACUCUCUCCAGCAUGUAGGAGACCUCAAACCAUGUGUGUCUAACUGGCUGAGGCUGGCCCUGGGGUGUCAGUUCCUGAGAGGGUCCCAAGGGCCGGCGCUGCCCUCUGCACUUACAUGCCAUCUCAGAGGAUGUCUCCUCCUGAGGCAUUCCGACCUGGGCCAGAGCAGGCUGGGGAAGCUAGGGAGAUGAGGGAUGGGGGGCCGGGUGGGGAAGGCUGACUUCCCUGGCAAGUACACUGCCUGAAAGAG